AUGUCGACCAACUUUCGCGACCGCGCCAUCGCGGAGGUGCAAAAGGCCAUUGCCGCCGAUAACAAUAAAGAUUACCAAAAAGCCUUUGAGCUCUACAUGUCGUCCAUGGAGCUAUGGGUCAAGGCGCUCAAGUGGGAGAAGAACAAGGCCCUCAAAGUCACCAUGCAGGAGAAGAUGGCGACGUACCUCGACCGAGCCGAAAAGCUGAAGCAGUUCCUAGCUGCUGAGGCUGAUAAUAACGCAAAUGGCGGAAAGGCUGCUAUGGGUGCCAACGGCGCAAGCGCUGGCGGCAAGGCGAAGCCGUCGGCCGACGACGACGAUAACAAGAAGCUCCGCAACGCUCUGUCUGGUGCCAUUCUACAAGAGCGACCCAAUGUUCGAUGGGAAGAUAUCGCUGGUCUCGAGGCCGCAAAAGAAACAUUGAAGGAGGCCGUCGUUCUCCCCAUCAAGUUCCCGAGUCUCUUCCAGGGCAAAAGACAAGCGUGGAAAGGUAUUCUGCUCUAUGGCCCGCCUGGUACCGGAAAAAGUUAUCUGGCAAAGGCCGUUGCGACAGAAGCAAACAGUACUUUCUUCAGUAUCAGCAGUUCCGACUUGGUCAGCAAGUGGAUGGGUGAAAGUGAAAGAUUAGUGAAGGCGUUGUUCUCCAUGGCGAGAGAAAACAAGCCUUCGGUUAUCUUCAUCGACGAAAUCGACGCCCUUUGCGGCCCCAGAGGCGAAGGCGAAUCCGAGGCUUCGCGCCGUAUAAAGACUGAAAUCUUGGUGCAAAUGGAUGGUGUCGGCAACGACAGCAAGGGUAUUCUGGUUCUUGGAGCUACGAAUAUCCCCUGGCAGCUUGAUGCUGCUAUUCGUCGUCGAUUCCAGCGCCGUGUCCAUAUUGGUUUGCCCGAUAACAACGGCCGAGCCCGCAUGUUCAAGAUUGCUAUUGGCGACACCGACACAACCUUGCAGGCGACCGAUUAUAAUACCCUGGCUACCAAGUCAGAUGGCUUCUCAGGCAGUGAUAUUAGCAACGUGGUACAACACGCACUCAUGCGACCGGUUAGAAAGAUUUUGCAAGCUACUCAUUUCAAAGCAGUGAUGAAGGAUGGCAAGCGUAUGCUGACGCCAUGCUCUCCCGGAGAUGCUGAGAAAAUAGAAAUGACUUACGACGACGUCAACUCGGACGAGCUUCUUGCCCCAGAUGUUGCGCUCAAAGACUUUGAGAUUGCCCUGGAGGACUCGCACCCGACGGUUUCCAAGGACGAUAUUGCGAAGCAGAUCGAAUGGACCAACGAAUUCGGUAGUGAGGGUGCAUAA